CGGGCCGGCUCCAGCCGGAUCACCCCGCCCCGCUCCGCUUCCUCGCUCCGCGCCGCAGCAGCCCCGCGGCCCAGGUGCUCCGUUCCAGGCCGGAAGGAAUCUGGUGGCUAGGGGUGUAGGGCGAUGCCCGGCCCGAGGUCCUGGCAGUGGACAUGGAGGAGGCUCCUCUGCUUAGCAGGAUGUCCAGUCCGGAGGAGGAGAUGGUGACAGACCUUUUCAGUGCAGAGAAUCCGUUUGUUUCUGAAAACCUGACCCUGAAGCCCCCGGUAGUGGUGAAGCACGAGGAGGACGAGUUCCACGUGUUUAAGGAUGCCUAUCUGAGCUCUGCUGACCCCAAAGAGCCCCUCCUGCACGUGUUCAACCCCCCGCUUCACGGGGACUGUGAGAGUCAAGUCAAAGUGGAGCUGGUGGUGGAGGACAACGACGAAGAAGAGAUGCUGGCAGAAUACCCAAGUCUCCCCGAGCUCCCCCCACUGGAGGACGCCGUGCUGCCUGUGGCCCCGCAGCCGCUGCAGCCACUGCCACCACUGUCACAGCCCUACAACGUGCACUUCCUGUCCUCCCUGCUGGCACCGCAUAGGAGUCCUGCUGUGGUGCCGCUGGGCGCCUGGGCCCGGGAAGGAGCUGCCCACCCUGGUGUCCGGGUGAUUCCAGUGGAAAUAAAGGAAGCAGGUGGUACAAUUAUAAGUAACAAUCCGGAGGAAGCAGCUUUUCAGAACCCUCUUGGCCCUGAAUCCUGUUGCAAGUUCCCCUCAUCACAAGAAGCAGAAGACACCUCUGGCUGUUCUCACAAGAAAGACUCUAACCCAAUGGUGAUAUGUCAGUUGAAAGGGGGUACACAAAUGCUGUGUCUAGACAAUUCUGGGACAAGAGAACUAAAAGCACUUCAUUUGGUUCCUCAGUAUCAAGACCAAAAUAAUUAUCUACAGUCAGAUGUCCCUAAACCAAUGACUACUUUAGUAGGAAGAUUUUUGCCAGUACCAGCAAAAUUAAAUCUCAUUACACAACAACUUGAAAAUGGAGCCUUACCGUCCAUAGUCAACGGGUCUAUUUUCCCUUCAGGAUCCACUCUUCCAGGACAACCCAAAAUAACUUUGGCUGGGUACUGUGAUUGCUUUGCCAGUGGGGACUUUUGCAACAACUGCAACUGUAAUAAUUGUUGUAACAAUCUACAUCACGAAAUCCAACGGUUUAAGGCCAUUAAGGCAUGUCUUGAUCGAAAUCCAGAAGCUUUCCAGCCAAAAAUUGGGAAAGGGAAGUUGGGAGAUGUGAAGCCUCGGCAUAACAAAGGCUGUAACUGCAGGCGCUCGGGCUGUCUCAAAAAUUACUGCGAGUGCUACGAGGCCAAAAUUAUGUGUUCUUCUAUUUGCAAAUGCAUUGGUUGCAAAAAUUAUGAAGAAAGCCCAGAACAGAAAACACUAAUGAACAUGCCCAACUAUAUGGAAAUUGGAGGGUUUGAAGGCAACCAUCAUUUGUCACCAACUAAAUUCUCAGGACUACCAAAAUUCAGAAAAGAUAGGCAGUCUUCCUCGUGCAUCUCCUGGGAGGUGGUGGAGGCCACGUGCGCCUGCCUGCUGGCUCAGGGUGAAGAGGCCGAGAAGGAGCACUGCUCCGAGUGCUUGGCGGAGCAGAUGAUCUUGGAGGAAUUCGGGAGGUGCUUAUCACAGAUUCUCCGGAUUGAGUUUAAAUCCAAAGGGUUGAAAAUUGAGUAG